CGACGCGCAGGCGGCGCUAGUGGCGCGUGGAGGAGGCGGCGGAAGCGAAAGCAGAGGCCGAGCAGCGACGCGCGUGCGUCGCAGUGCCAGUGUUAGUGCCCGACAGCGCGCGUCCAGUCUCAGACCACACCCCCUCCGCUCGGCUCGGCUCCUCCGUCGACAUGGCAGACUUCAAGAACUACACCCGCCCACCCUUCCUCAUCAAGGUCCUCGAACUGAUGAUGGUGAUCGCUGCAGCAGGGGCCAUCCUCUACAUCACCGCCGGCGCCCUCAACCUGGAGUUCCACAACAAGUACGUGAAGGACGACAAGGUGCUGGCGGCCGGCAUCCUGGGGCUGGUCAACGGAGUGGUGCACCUGGCAGACGUGUUCCUCAGUUGGAGGGGAUAGGCCUCCCCCACGUCGCAGGCUGCCAAAGGCCUUUCUGUCGCUUGCUGUUACGGUCGUUUAUUUGGGUUUGAAGACAAGUCGCUGCAUUGAAUAUUGCCAUUUUGUUCCAGUUUUAAUAAAUGCCAACAAAAACGGAAAAACGACGUGAAAUGUUUCGAUUUAGUUUCUUUUUGCUAAUGUAAGAGACAAUAUAUUCUUAGAAGGGUUGUUCAUGUAUAUUUGAUGUGACGUAACUAAAUUAACUCUAGAUAAGAUGUAGUACAGACUAAUAAUCAUCAAAGAGUUUUCAUCCCCGUGAUUCAAAAUUUAAUAUUUUCCUAUUAUAUUCGUGGUUCGAUAAAAAUAAUCGCAAUAGAAGUUUUCGACAAAAUAUGUGCCACUUGAUACAAAUAUAUCUGAGCUUGCUAAAACUAAACGUAAAGCAUUCAGCCAUCAUUGCUAUCUAUCAGCCGUACAGUACUAGAAAAUUGGCAGAUUAAAUUGUAUUACAGGUUCCAAAAUUAUUCUAAGACUUGCCUACAAAAAUAUCACGGUGACUUAUUUACUCAAUGUUACUAAGAAAUUGAACUUUACUGUAAGAAAUAAGUGAAGAUUACUGUAAAGAAAUUUCAUUUCAAAAAGCAAGUCUUAAUCCUUCGCUCUCUGAAAGGAGCUUUUUCCUCUUCCUGUGCUCUCGCGUCCAUGCGCGGGCCUUCGUUAGCCAAUCAGACUCACGCACGGACCAAAGUCACUCAAUCAGACUCGCCCACGAACCGAGGCCAGGCAAUCAGAUUCACGCACAAACGAAUGUCUCAGUUCAUCUACUUAGGGAUCAUUACCAUAGUGGCAACGGGACCAUUCUUAAGAAUUAUGCUUCUGAAAAAAAUUGAUUACGUGUAAAUUUUUUUUAUCUCUAGGAUACCGAUGUUAAUUUUAAUUAGAUUGUGGUUAUUAUGUGAAAAUUAAAGAUAAAUGGACUAAUAGUGCAAGAUACAUACGAUUCAAGUACCUAUUUUAUUUACAUUUAUGAAUGGGAUCAACUAGAAACAAUUCGAAAAAGAAGUGCCGAUAACCGAAACCGUGCAACGCUGCUUCAAAUUUUGUCUUUGCUAAUGUCAUACACCGUCUAAACACCUAAGUGUUCGCUUUAGAGUAAAUGUGCCUCUGAAACAGACUUUAUUUUAAACGACAGUUUAUUAAUUUAACUUGAUGAGUUACUGAAAAUGAGUUAUUGGAAAACCUUUUCAGCGCAUUUUGUAGUUUCACACCUUUACUAGAACAUAUAUCUCUAGUACUAUUUUCAGUGUUUAAUCUUUUGACUGAAAACCACGUCAAUCUAUUUGGUUUUGUGUGAAAAUUUUGUUAGAAUUCACUUUUGUGUUUACUAAAAUUUACUGGUGUAUUGAAGAGAGUGAUUUCUACAAUCAUUGAAAUAAGUUUUUUUUGUAUUGCAAUUGAGGGACAUUUCUUCUAACUGUAUUCUAAGGCUGCUUUCAGUCAGCCCAAUUACUCUUUCUACCAGUCUUUCUCUGUUCAACAUAACGGGUCUACCUCUAUUGCUACCUGUAUUGUGCUUUGGGUUACCAUUCCUGAAAGAUAUAAUGUAAUCUACUGAGUGUCGUUCAUUCUAUCAUAUAGACAGCAUUUAAGUGUAAAUUUCAAAAACAGAUGAACUAUUAUUAUGUAACAAGCAGAUACCAAUGCUUAUCAAGGGAAUAUUAAAAAAAAUGUAAAAAUAUUUUCUAAGUGUUUUUGACGAAUGUAAUAAUUUUUUGUGAACAUUUUGAAUUGUCACUUACUAUUACCUAGCAUUAACAGUGAGUUGAAAUUGCAAUUUUAUAAUGUUUAUGUAUGAUCUGUUAGAUUAUUAUGCUUGAUAGUGCUCUCGUUUGUUUUCUAAUAAUUCAAUAAUUUGACAUUCAGAUUGGUGUAUUUAAAUCUUGUAUUGAAAAUAUUAAGAGAAUGAUGUUUGCCCUCCAGAACAAAGCAACGUAAUGUUACAAUAGGUACAAAUCUAGCUUACAAUAUAUAAAUCAUGAGAACAAGUCCUUAAUUACUACAAACUGAAUCAUGAUUUACACAUGAGUUACCUGCUUUGGUUAAGCAUCACCUUUCUAUUCUAAAAUUAAGAAAUAAAUAUUCGUAUGAAGAAAAAUACAACCUUACGAAUGUAAAUAAUUUAUUUUCUUAAAGUUUUGUUGCGAAAUAAAUAUAUUUUAUAUUACUUUAUUUGAAAAUCAUAUUUUCUUCAAACUUUUGUUCAGAAAUUAAACACCUUUUAUCAACCCGUUUUUCCGUUCCCGCCGUAUGCAUCCCUCUAGAGAAUUGGGGCUGCUCUUUUGGUGUCUAUUUCUGUGUAAGAUGCAAGUGCACUUGUCCUUGUCUCUGCGUGAAAGCGCUGCAGCGUUCAUGGAGAUUUCCAACAAAAUCUCCGUUUUGCCAAUAUUACGUACAGUUACGUAAGGUUUAAACAUUACAAUAAGAGAAGGGAUUACUCACAAGACAACAGAACACUCUACGUAAUAAAACUCCGAGAGAGGGACGGUCCAAAAUAUCUAUGGCCAGAUAAGAUAUCCGAUAAGAAUUAUAUCGAUAGGUUUAAAUCCGUUUAUCUUUGGAUUUAUUAUUAAAGAAAAAAAUAAUUUUCUUACUCUAUGAAUUUUCUUGGAAAUCUCAGAAAAUAUACAGAUAUUUUUAGCCAAUGUAAUUAAUAUAAUAAUUAAGGCAGAGCAAUCACUAAAUACAUAACAAUGUUCUUAUCGAUUGAAAGUUUUUCGUUACAAGAAAGUUUUGUUCGUUAACCCUCUCUCUCUCUCUCUCUCUCUCUCUCUCUC